UGUUGGCUGUGAGCGGUGCACACACUCCCACACAAACCCAGCGCUUCAACUUCAUGCUUUUUAGGUUACACAGAGGCGUCUCAAAACCCCUGACACAAGCCCUUAGUCGCCUUUGUUUUUCACGCCAAUCCCGAAGAGUGACCUCUACCAUGGCUUUCCAGUAUCCCCAGGCUUACCGCGACGAGGCCGUUGUGGACAGGUACCAUGGAUGCCAGGUGCCGGACCCCUACAGCUGGCUGGAGGACCCUGACAGUGAGAAGACCCAGGCCUUUGUCAAUGCUCAGAACCAGCUGACGUUGCCAUUUCUAGAGGGCUGCGAGGUGCGAGACCUGUUCAAGGAGCGUAUGACCGAGCUGUAUGACUACCCCAAGUAUAGCUGUCCCUUCAGGCGGGGAAGCAGGUACUUUCACUUCUACAACACGGGUCUCCAGAACCAGAGUGUGAUGUAUGUGCAGGAGAGUCUAGAUGCUGAGCCUACAGUCUUCUUAGAUCCAAACACAUUUUCUGAUGAUGGGACUGUUGCCCUGCGAGGCUAUGCAUUCUCUGAGGAUGGGGAAUACCUGGCGUAUGGCACCAGUGCCAGUGGAUCAGACUGGGUGGAGAUGCACUUCCUGCGUGUUGAGGGUGCGGUGCAACUGGAGGACCACUUGGAGCGGGUCAAGUUUAGUUGUAUGUCCUGGACUCAUGAUGGGAAGGGCCUUUUCUACAACUCCUAUCCUGACCAGGAGGGAAAAAGUGAUGGAACUGAGACCUCCACUAAUCUGCAUCAGAAGCUGUACUUUCAUGUACUGGGGACUCCGCAGUCUGAGGAUGUGCUUUGUGCUGAGUUUCCUGACAACCCUAAAUGGAUGAGUGGGGCAGAGGUAUCAGAUGAUGGGCGCUACGUGCUGCUGUCAAUCAGAGAGGGUUGUGAUCCUGUCAACAGAUUGUGGUAUUGUGACCUUGAAACAACUCCUCAGGGUAUUACAGGACUUUUGCCAUGGGUGAAAUUAAUUGACAACUUUGACGCCGAGUAUGAAUACGUGACCAAUGAGGGCACGUUGUUCACUUUCAAGACCAACUUAGACGCCCCCCGUUACAGACUCAUCAACAUCGACUUUGCUUCUUCUGAUCAGAACAACUGGAAGGAGCUCAUCCCUCAGCAUGACAAGGACGUUAUUGUGUUUGCCACCUGUUCGUACUCCAGCUAUCUCUUUGUGUGUUUCCUCCAUGAUGUGAAGAAUGUUUUGAAGAUGUACACGCUGAGCUCUGGAGAAGAGCUGAGGACCUUCCCUCUUGAUGUCGGCUCCAUAGUGGGCUUCACAGGACGAAAGAGGGACUCCGAGAUCUUCUACUAUUUCACCUCUUUUCUAUCUCCAGCCAUCAUUUACCACUGUGACCUUACUAAGGAGCCACUGCAGCCACACAUCUUCAGAGAGGUCACUGUCAAGGGUUUCAACCCCUCCGACUACCAGACCACCCAGAUCUUCUAUCCCUCCAAGGAUGGCACUCAGAUACCCAUGUUUAUCGUUCACAAGAAGGGAAUUAAAUUGGAUGGCUCCCAUCCAGGUUUUCUGUAUGGCUACGGGGGUUUUAACAUUUCCAUCACACCAAGCUAUAGCGUCUCCCGACUCAUCUUCGUCAGACAUCUGGGAGGAAUUCUGGCGGUUGCCAACAUCAGAGGUGGAGGAGAGUAUGGGGAGACCUGGCACAAAGCUGGCAUGCUGGCAAACAAGCAGAACUGCUUCACAGACUUCCACUGUGCAGCUGAAUAUCUCGUCAAGGAGGGUUACACAUCCCCUUCCAAACUGACCAUAAACGGAGGUUCCAACGGGGGUCUGCUCGUAGCUGCCUGUGUGAAUCAACGGCCUGAACUGUUUGGCUGUGCAGUAGCCCAGGUGGGCGUCAUGGACAUGCUGAAGUUCCACAAGUUCACCAUCGGCCACGCCUGGACCACAGACUUUGGCUGUUCAGACAACAAGCAGCAGUUUGAAUGCCUCAUGAAAUACUCCCCACUGCAUAACAUCCACAUCCCAGAAGGCAAUGGGGUCCAGUAUCCUGCAGUCCUACUGCUGACGGGGGACCAUGAUGACCGGGUAGUGCCUCUCCACUCCCUCAAAUAUAUCGCCACCUUGCAGCAGAUUGUAGGUCGUAGCCCCAAGCAGACCAACCCCCUGUUCAUCCUUGUUGACACAAAGUCAGGUCACGGCGCUGGCAAGCCCACCAGCAAAGUCAUCCAGGAGGUGGCCGACACCUACGCCUUCAUCGCCCGUUGUCUCAACAUCUCCUGGGUCAAGUAACCUGCCUCCCCCCCCAGUUUUAUUUGCAUUUUCCUUUUACGCAAAUCUACAAGACUGUUACCCCCCGCUGUUGACGUGUUCUUUAAUAAUACCUACACAUAAACUUGUGUUUACUCAGCCGCCAGCACAUAUUGAUUUUGUUUAAUCCGUUUUGUUUUGUUUUUUUUGGGGGGGGGGGGGGUUAUGUUUCCUCCUCCUCUUAGCGUGAGCCUGUCAGUGUCUCACCUGCACAGAGCUAAUGUAUUGAAGGCUCUCUCUGUAGUUCUUUAUACAGUUUAGGGGCUACUUUCAUGAUUACAGUAAUCAGGCAUUACAGUCCUGAGGUAUCAAUGGCAAACACUUUAAGGAUUGUCUCCUGCAAUCUGUAGGAGCUCAAACAUGAUGCAAAUUAUUUAUUUGUUGUUUGUAUACAUUACGGUGCCCAUUUGAGUUUAAAUUGUUGCAUAAUGCACAAUGCCGACUGAAUUCUGCUAUGGUACAAAUGGACAGUAUUGCUUUUGGCAUGGCAACCUCCAAAAAAGAAAGUGUGGUAUGCAUGUGGAAGUGUUUGUGCGUGUGUUUGUGUGUGUGUGUGUGUGUGUGUGUGUUUUACUGUCGGUUCCCAGACUUCUUUUAGAUUGAUUUCUACCUCUUGACUUGUGCUGAUUGUUUACCCUUUCAAAGGGAACUAAAAACAGAGCCACAACUACAAUAAACAACUUUUUAAAAGCAAUUUAUCAUCUUUUUCUUCAGCAGUAUUUGAUGAGCUUCACCACAAUGUAAUGGCUUCUUUUUUUCAUUUGUCUCAUUGCUGCAAUAUAGAAACUGCCCCAUCUGGAACAACACAGUUUAUUAUUAUCGGUAUUAUCAAUAAAGGGAGCUUUAAAUAACUUACGUGCAUUUGAAUAUAUUUAUAUAAAGAUUUACAGGUGAAAACUUCAAGUCGCAAAUGGAUGAUGUGAUGAUAGCUGGAGCUGCUGCUGAUGUUGCAGUAACUGUGAUUGCGUCGUCUGCCAGCAGGGGGCGCUCACUUUUCAACCAACAAGCACCUGAAGCAGUGGCAGAAAACGAGGGUGGUAUGUUUCACACAGCGGUCCCAUGAGGAUUUUUCACAUGAAUGUUUCAUGUUCAGGAAC